UAAUUUGAUUUUCAUUUUUAUUACCAAACUGUACCGACAUUUUAUAGAUUUUUAAAAGAUUUUUUUUUCCAAACCGAAUCAAAAACCAAAAUACAUUUUUAGAAAUCUGUCGAUCGGUUUAGAAUUUUAAUCGAAUAUGAACCGCAGGCCUACACUACCGUCUAUUCUAGUCCGGUUCAGGUCAAAACCGCAGGCCUAGUCUACUGUCUCUUUCAGAACAGAGAGAACUCGAAAGGAGGUAAUGUCUCUAAUUCGAAAACCUAGAUUCUUCUUCUCCCUUCUCAAACCCUUUAACCCGAGGUCUUUCGCCACCGUCGGCACCGGCGAGAAACUGAGUGUUAGAACACGACUCGAGAAUCAGAGAAAGGCUCAGACCGCGAUGUUAGAUUACUUCUACAUCACGAGAGGGUUACAGUUUCUGGUCGCAGAGAGUAUGAGCAAGAACGCGCCUCUUUUCAACGAUAAUCUCUUAGAGAAGCUGGAUUGUGACACUCCCGCUGAUGAUGCUGACAUCGCUCUGUCGAUCACUAGGUUUCUCCGGUUCCAUCCCAUAAACGAGUUCGAGCCUUUCUUCGAGAGUCUAGGCCUGAAGCCAUCUGAGUAUAAUCAUCUGCUUCCUAGUGAUAAGAUGUUUUUGAACGAAGAUGCUUUUCUGCUUGAGAAUUACAAUACUUUUUGGAUCUAUGGGAUUGGGUUGAAGCAGAUGGGGAAGAUCUUUAAGGAAGCUAGAGGAGUUUUUGGGUAUGAGACGGGGGUUUUAGCUUCAAAGAUUAAGGCUUUUGAGGAUUUGGGGUUGAGUAAGUCGUUUGUAUCGAGGAUUAUUGCGUGUAGCCCGAGGAUACUCGUUGGGGAUAUGAACGUUGAAGUGGGUAAGGCUUUAGAGAUUCUGAAAACUAUAGGGAUUGGUGUUGAGUGGGUUAAUGAGAACUUGUCAGAGGAUGAGGAGGAGUCUUAUGAUUGGAGGUUUAUGCACCGGGUCUUAAGCUUGCUUAGAGGUCUCUUUGUGAAUGAUAGUGAGCUACGUGAGUUAGUGAAGAAACAUCCAAGACUUGUUUUCGAGGAUUCAGGGGAGUGGACGCUGUUUCUAGCUGGGUUUCUAACCAAGCUUGGGUCAUCUAAGAGUGAACUCUCUUCGUUUUUUCUUAAGUUCCCGGAAACUGAGGUGAAGAAAUGUGUUUUGAAUCUAAGGCAUUGCUUCUUGUUCCUGAAGAAGAUCAAGAUGGAGUGUGAUGAGAUUGGUAAGAUUUUUCGUUCUCACUCCUCUUGGCUUGGUGCAUGUUCUUUGAAGAAACCCAGAACCUUACUCGAUAGACUGAACGUUGGGACUAGGCGGCUUUGUCAAGUCAUCCAAGAAAACCCAGAGGUGAUGAAAAAAUGGACGAUGGGUUUAAAGGUGCAGCCACUACCUCCUACAGGGGAAGAGGAAACGUCGAGGUUGAUGAAGACACAGUUCUUGAUCAACCUCGGAUACGAGGAGAACUCUGAGGAGAUGGAGCGAGCUGUCAAGAAGUUCCGUGGGAGAGGAUCAGAACUCCAACAAAGAUUCGAUUUCCUUGUGGGUUUGGGUCUGAAUGAGAAGGAUGUCCGAAAUAUGGUGAACGCUUUCCCUCAGAUCCUAUGUCAAGCAUCUGAUCUCCUGGAAGCGAAGGUUAACUACAUUGUCAACGAACUUGGUUAUCCGUUUUCGAUCUUUGUGAGUUUCCCUUCGUGUCUAGUGUUUACACUCCAGCGGAUGAAGCUCAGGUUGGGGAUGAUUCCGUUUAUGGAAGGUAAAGUAAAGGCAAUUAGCAGUUUGCUUGGGUGCUCGGACCAACAUUUUGUGUCUCACUAUGUAAACCGCCACCCUGAUGGGCCUAAACAUUGGGAGGAAUUGAAGAAACAGAUUCUGUACGAGUAGAACAACUAAUAUAGGAUUCAGCACAACAACACACGGAGCAACAAGUUCGAUGGUGUCCCCACGUCAAUGUAGAUAUCAUAUGUAAUAUUCCUAACUUCGAGUUGGGGACCUUCUGGAAUAUUGUUUUGGGCUGAAUAUGUAUGGCACUGAAUUAGAAUAUCAUGACCCGAGUAUCAGAGUUGGAGCAGCUAAGCUACCACAAGUCAUGUUCGUCUGUGGCUAGCUUUGACUCCGAUCUUUUUGCAUUCUCAGUUUUGGAUCCGUGAGGAGGUUCUCUUUUCUUUUAAGGAACCUAUUAAUGCUGGGAUCACCGGUUUACAUGACGGAAGAUGGAGGUAAUAUAGACUAUCAAGUUUACAUGUGCUAAGGGCUUAAAAUGACAGCAACAACAACAAAAAGCUAAGAAGAUUACUGCUCUCUCCAGUUGGACGAUAUUCUUGGGUAUAUAGUUUUGGAGCCUAGCAUGUUAAACUUCAAACCAUUUUUGGUUCGGUUCUGUCUAUCAAAUUAUAGUUGUAUCAUUAAUGUUUUCUUUGCCUCAGUUUUGGUCAUGGUUAAUAGUUUUGGUAGACUCCGGUUUAGAUGAGUAUACUCACACUCGAUGAUCCUUAUAGUCCAUAAGUCACUGACUAGGAUCGAACACAUCUUUUCACACUCAUCUUGAAACUCAAGUUACCCACAACACAUCUUUUCUUGAUGAGUUUGGUACAGCUAUACAAAAAAUCCACUUCAUUACAUGACAGCAUUUUUGUCUAUAUCCCAUUAAAAAGACGUAAGCAAACGUUUCUUCAGAAAUUCUCCAAAACUUACGACAUGUGUUAUGCCAUGCGGCAGAUAGAACGAAACACAGGAAAAUAAAUCAGCUAUUUUUACUAUAAUACUGAUCUCAUCUUGCAAACCAAAAACCAAACUCAUCUUCUCAAGCUAAGUCAUCACCAUGUUGUCUCUUCAAGCUUCUUUCUAUAUUAUCUUUUAUAUAUCCCUUCUCAGCUUUGUCAAUGUAAACUCAGCUUCGGAUUCAAACUCUGGUCUCUGCUCUCCUUACCCAUGUAACCAACCGCCUCAACCACCUUCCUCUUCAGGCUACUCUCCAUAUGGUAAUCCUCCUCCACCGUCUUCACCGUCUUCGCCGUCUUCACCACCCCCACCGCCGCGUUCUCAAUGCCCUCCUGUUUCUCCAACAGGCUGUUGCAACCAACCACCACAGUCUACGUAUUAUUCUCCUCCGUAUCCUUACUUUUACACUCCUCCUUAUCCUUACGGUACUCUCGGCGGAGGAGACCAAAGCGGUGGCGGCCAAGGAGCUGGAGGUGGCGGAACCGUAGCAGCGGCAGCUUACUAUGCUUCUUGUUCCUUGCCGGUUUACGCUUUGAUGCUUUUGUUAUCUUGUGCUUUUGUUGUAUUCUAGAGGCAUGCAUAGGUUUAGAUAACUAUUAGUUCUGUCAAAAGCCACCUUCUUUCUCUUGUUGUUAUCUCAGACCUAGGAACAAAAUAUAAAUAAAUCAAAAGCUUUAUA